ACACACACACACACAUACACGCACACGCGCACACUGCGAGGCUGGCGAGGAAGGAGGGAGGCAGCUGAGCAGAGAAGGAGGAAGCGGAGCGCUCGGAGCUGCGGACUGCGGCGGGAACCUCUUCCCAAUCCUCCUUCAUCCUUCCCUGGCCGGGUCCUUUCCCCCCUGACAGCCGCAGGAGCAGAAGCGGCAGAGAGGCUCCUUCCAGACAGGAGCAACUGAACCAUGGAGCUCCGAGUAGGGAACAAAUACCGGCUGGGACGAAAAAUUGGUAGCGGUUCCUUUGGAGAUAUUUACUUGGGUGCCAAUAUAGCCACAGGAGAAGAGGUAGCCAUUAAGUUGGAAUGUGUCAAAACCAAGCACCCGCAACUCCACAUUGAAAGCAAAUUUUACAAGAUGAUGCAGGGAGGAGUGGGAAUCCCUUCCAUUAAGUGGUGUGGUGCAGAAGGAGACUAUAAUGUGAUGGUGAUGGAACUUUUGGGACCCAGCCUGGAGGACCUCUUCAACUUCUGCUCCCGCAAAUUCAGUCUGAAGACUGUUCUUCUCCUGGCAGAUCAGAUGAUCAGCCGUAUUGAAUACAUUCAUUCCAAGAAUUUCAUUCACCGAGAUGUGAAACCAGACAAUUUCCUUAUGGGGCUUGGCAAGAAAGGCAACCUAGUGUACAUCAUUGAUUUCGGCCUGGCCAAGAAGUACAGAGAUGCCCGCACCCACCAACACAUCCCCUAUCGGGAAAACAAAAACCUGACUGGGACAGCGCGCUAUGCCUCUAUAAACACCCAUCUCGGCAUUGAGCAAAGUCGCCGUGAUGACUUGGAGAGCUUGGGCUAUGUGCUGAUGUACUUCAAUCUCGGCUCGCUGCCUUGGCAAGGCCUGAAGGCUGCCACGAAGCGCCAGAAAUAUGAGCGCAUCAGUGAGAAAAAGAUGUCCACGCCUAUUGAAGUGCUCUGCAAAGGGUACCCUUCUGAGUUUUCUACAUACCUCAACUUCUGCCGCUCACUGCGGUUCGACGACAAACCAGACUACUCUUACCUGAGGCAACUGUUCCGCAACCUCUUCCACCGUCAGGGCUUUUCCUAUGACUAUGUGUUCGACUGGAACAUGCUCAAAUUUGGGGCAGCCCGGAAUCCUGAGGACAUGGAUCGGGAGAGGCGAGAACAUGAGCGAGAGGAAAGGAUGGGGCAGCUCAGAGGUUCUGCUACGCGGGCACUGCCUCCUGGCCCCCCUGCUGGGGCCACAGCAAACCGCCUCCGCAAUGUUGCUGAGCCUAUGGCCUCCACGCCCACCUCCCGUAUCCAGCAGUCUGGAAAUACGUCCCCCAGAGCAAUUUCACGGGUGGACAGGGAGCGGAAAGUCAGCAUGAGGUUACACCGAGGCCCUGCCAACAUCUCCUCAUCUGACCUCACAGGGCGGCAAGAGGUGUCACGGAUUUCAGCAUCACAGACAAGUGUGCCAUUUGAUCACCUGGGGAAGUGAAGAGAGGAUGCCACCGGACCAGUGUUUGCUUAGGUGAGUGUCUUCACUGUAUUUUUCUUAAAAACAAAAUAACAAAAAAAUUUUAA